AUGUCAGUACUGUACAUAUGUAUUGCGCCAAUGUGGAUGGAUACGUGCCAGUGUGACCGCAACGGUGAUGCGAUGGCGAUGGCGAUGGCGAUGGCGAUGGCGAUGGCGAUGCGGCGUUGA